GACUCUGAGGUGCUGCUGCUGCUGCUGCUGCUGCUGCGGGUUGGAGCUGGAGCGGAGGGUCCCGCGGUUGUCCCAACCGCUGCCCCUCGGAGCCAGAUUUUCUGGCAUCUAUCAUUCUGAAGUCUUGUAUUGAGGCUUGAUUAUAACCGGAAACCAUGACGGCUGCUGAGAACGUGUGCUACACGUUAAUUAACGUGCCAAUGGAUUCAGAACCACCAUCUGAAAUUAGCUUAAAAAAUGACCUAGAAAAAGGAGAUGUGAAGUCAAAGACUGAAGCUUUGAAGAAAGUAAUUAUUAUGAUUCUGAAUGGUGAAAAACUUCCUGGACUUCUGAUGACCAUCAUUCGUUUUGUGCUACCCCUUCAGGAUCAUACCAUCAAAAAAUUACUUUUGGUAUUUUGGGAAAUUGUUCCUAAAACAACUCCAGAUGGGAGACUUUUACAUGAAAUGAUCCUUGUAUGUGAUGCAUACAGAAAGGAUCUCCAGCAUCCUAAUGAAUUUAUUCGAGGAUCUACUCUUCGUUUUCUUUGCAAAUUGAAAGAAGCCGAAUUGCUAGAACCUUUAAUGCCAGCUAUCCGUGCUUGUUUGGAGCAUCGACACAGCUAUGUUAGAAGAAAUGCUGUUUUGGCCAUCUAUACUAUCUAUAGAAAUUUUGAACAUCUUAUACCUGAUGCUCCUGAACUGAUACAUGAUUUUCUGGUGAAUGAGAAGGAUGCAAGUUGCAAAAGGAAUGCAUUUAUGAUGCUAAUUCAUGCAGAUCAGGAUCGAGCUUUGGAUUACCUAAGUACUUGUAUUGAUCAAGUUCAAACAUUUGGAGACAUUCUGCAGCUGGUGAUUGUUGAACUAAUUUAUAAGGUCUGUCAUGCUAAUCCAUCAGAAAGGGCUCGUUUCAUUCGCUGCAUCUAUAACUUAUUACAGUCUUCUAGCCCUGCUGUGAAAUAUGAAGCUGCUGGGACAUUAGUGACACUUUCUAGUGCACCAACUGCUAUCAAGGCUGCUGCUCAGUGUUACAUUGAUUUAAUUAUUAAGGAGAGUGACAACAAUGUAAAGCUCAUAGUUCUGGAUCGAUUGAUAGAAUUGAAAGAGCAUCCUGCUCAUGAACGUGUAUUACAGGAUCUGGUUAUGGAUAUCCUAAGAGUACUCAGCACACCAGACUUAGAAGUACGCAAGAAAACUCUGCAGUUAGCACUGGAUCUUGUCUCUUCUAGGAAUGUUGAAGAGUUGGUUAUUGUCCUGAAGAAAGAAGUGAUUAAAACAAAUAACGUAUCUGAGCAUGAAGAUACUGACAAGUACAGACAACUUCUUGUGCGAACAUUGCAUUCCUGUUCUGUCCGAUUUCCAGAUAUGGCUGCAAAUGUUAUUCCUGUGGUAUGUAAUUUUGACUACCUUAAUUCCUUAGAUCUGCAGAAUCUUCUUUUCUUGCUUGAGCAUGGAUUCAAAAGGUCUCUGCUUCAAGAUUUGUUUGCCAUGCCUGUGUUUCAGAUCUUGUGUUCUUGUCCUAGGAUUUACCGAGGAGCAUUAUGGAUCCUGGGAGAAUACUGUAGUACCAAGGAAGACAUUCAGAGUGUGAUGACCGAGGUCCGCAGGUCCCUUGGGGAGAUCCCAAUUGUAGAAUCAGAAAUAAAGAAAGAAGCUGGUGAAUUAAAACCUGAAGAAGAAAUAACUGUAGGGCCAGUUCAGAAAUUGGUUACUGAAAUGGGUACCUAUGCAACUCAGAGUGCCCUUAGCAGUUCUAGGCCCACCAAGAAAGAGGAAGACAGACCUCCCCUGAGAGGAUUCCUUCUGGAUGGAGAUUUCUUUGUUGCUGCCUCCCUUGCCACAACUCUGACCAAAAUUGCAUUGCGCUAUGUAGCAUUGGUUCAGGAGAAGAAAAAGCAAAAUUCUUUUGUUGCUGAGGCUAUGUUGCUCAUGGCUACUAUCCUGCAUUUGGGAAAAUCGUCUCUUCCUAAGAAGCCAAUUACUGAUGAUGAUGUUGAUCGAAUUUCCCUGUGCCUCAAGGUCUUAUCUGAAUGUUCACCUUUAAUGAAUGACAUUUUCAAUAAGGAAUGCAGACAGUCCCUUUCUCACAUGUUAUCUGCUAAACUCGAAGAAGAGAAAUUAUCCCAAAAGAAAGAAUCUGAAAAGAGGAAUGUGACAGUACAGCCUGAUGACCCAAUUUCUUUCAUGCAACUAACUGCUAAGAAUGAAAUGAACUGCAAGGAAGAUCAGUUUCAGCUGAGUUUGCUGGCAGCAAUGGGUAACACACAGAGGAAAGAGGCAGCAGAUCCCCUAGCAUCUAAACUUAAUAAGGUCACCCAGUUGACAGGUUUCUCAGAUCCUGUAUAUGCAGAAGCUUAUGUUCAUGUCAAUCAGUAUGAUAUCGUCCUGGAUGUACUUGUUGUGAACCAAACCAGUGAUACUUUGCAGAACUGCACAUUAGAGUUAGCUACUUUAGGGGAUCUGAAACUUGUGGAAAAGCCAUCUCCUUUGACUCUUGCUCCUCAUGAUUUUGCAAAUAUUAAAGCAAAUGUCAAAGUAGCAUCAACAGAGAAUGGAAUAAUUUUUGGUAAUAUAGUUUAUGAUGUCUCUGGAGCAGCGAGUGAUAGAAAUUGUGUGGUUCUCAGUGAUAUCCACAUUGACAUCAUGGACUACAUCCAGCCUGCAACUUGCACUGAUGCUGAAUUCCGUCAGAUGUGGGCCGAAUUUGAAUGGGAAAACAAAGUGACGGUUAACACCAAUAUGGUUGAUUUAAAUGACUAUUUACAGCACAUAUUAAAGUCAACCAACAUGAAAUGUCUCACUCCAGAGAAGGCUCUCUCUGGUUACUGUGGCUUUAUGGCAGCCAACCUUUAUGCUCGUUCCAUAUUUGGAGAAGAUGCACUUGCAAAUGUCAGCAUUGAGAAGCCAAUUCACCAGGGACCAGAAGCUGCUGUUACUGGCCACAUAAGAAUUCGUGCAAAGAGUCAGGGAAUGGCCUUAAGUCUUGGAGAUAAAAUCAACUUGUCUCAGAAGAAGACUAGUAUAUGAGAUUAAACAAAAAGUUCUCGAAGCUUUACAGAUAAAAUUUAGGUAUAGGCUUAUUGGACUCCAACAUCUUUUGUACUCUUUCAUGCUUUGUGUUAUAUAGAAUCUGAGUUCAUGCUGAAUGCAUUCCAGCCAAUAAUUUAUAGCCUUUCCCUUAAAUCAAGAUUGAGUUUAAAAUUAUAGUUUGUCUUUUGUCUUAACAGUUCUAAAUGCUGUACUCAAAGUAUAUAAUGUUUCUCACAUGUACCAAGACCAUUUUCACAGUACAAUAAACAGAUCUAUUCUUAAAUUUUUUGUUAUUUUAUAAAUAAAUGAAUAAUUACAUAAUUUUA